UGAGUGCUUCAUCUCUAAUGGCGGGUGCGCGUCUUUGCGCCACCUUCCCCUCUCUCGCAAACCCCAUCUUACCCGCCACUUCGCCGCCCCAAAAACCCACAUCCGCCUCCCUUUCCUUACCCUCCAAACUCCCUCGCCGCAAAAACUACCUCCGCCCCAAAAUUCUCAAAACCCUAAACCCCAUACCCGACCCGCCGCAACCCGUACUCCCCCUCGAGUCUCCGGCAAACCCUUCCCAAGACAACCGCGAACCCGAGUACACCUCCGAGCAAGGCGCUGUCGAUUCAGAAAAAGGAGCUGAAGUUGCGGAAUUCACGGCGGCGGAGCUGAGUGGCAUUAGCGGUAAAUUAUCUGCGAGAGAUGUGCUAAAAUAUGGAGGCUAUUUCGUUGGGCUAUUUCUGUUACAGACCGUUGUUUCUGUUUUGUUUUUGGGAGAUAGUGAUACUGAUGAGAAUAGAAAGUCUAGGAGUUUGAAUACGAGUUCUGUGGCUCAAUCUGGCAAUGUGGUUGGGUUUGAUGAGUCCAAAGUGGUGGAGAAGGUUGAGGAGAUUAGAGCAAUGGCGAGGAGGGCGCGGCAGAUUGAGAAGAAUGAGUUGAAGGGAAGUGGUGGUGGUGGUGGUGGAGAUGAGGGGUUUUCGAAGCCGAAGAGGAAGUUUGGGAUUGAGAAGGAGGUUGGGAAUAAGUUGGUUAGCUUGCAGAAGAGGUUGGGGAAGAAGAGGGAGAUGUUGCCGGGUUCGUUUGUCAAUUAUUUGGAAAUGUCUGCGAUGUUUGGAGACGCGGUGAGGAAGAGUGGGGAGAAUGGGAAAGAGGGGGCUGGGGAGUUGAUGUUUAAGAAGAAGAUGAAGUUUAAGACGCCGAAUGCGGAGGUGGAGAGGAAUCCGAAGGGUUUUGGAGGUGAGAAAGAAGACGGUGGUGCUGUUAAGGGAAAUGCAAGUGUUGGCACUGAUGGUAUGGAAUUGGUGGAAGCUGAUGAGGAGGAGAAGACGCGACAGAUUUUGGAGAAAGGAACAAUGGGAUUAGAUGAAGGACAGGACAGAGAAGCUGGAAAUAUGGCACCGCAAAAUGGUACUGUCCGCAGGACUAUUGAAGGGAAGUCAGCUUCUGAAAAUGCAAGGUCAAUCAAACCAAGAGGAUUUGGGCAGAAAAGCCCUGCAAGCUUGAAGAAGGAAGUUAAAGGAACUACUGUAAAACCUGCUGCGUCGAGUGUGAAUAGCAGUUCAAAACAGGAUGGAGUAGAAAAACAGGCUCUGGGUAGCAAAGUCAGAGGCAAGCAGGCAGAGAAUGGGUCUGAUCCCUGGUGGUUGCAUCUUCCUUUUGUUCUAGUCAUUUUUAUGCGUAGAGGUUCUGAUGGGCAAGGAGGGCUCUUUAGUGUAGAGCUCAAUUCUCAGUCCCAAAAUGAGAGUGAUGCCUCUUACACUGUUGCUUUUGAGGAUCGUGGUGAUGCCACCAACUUCUGUUUCCUAUUGGAAUCUUGUUUUGAAGAUGAAGAUGAUUUCGCAGCCAGUGCUGCUCCUUUACCAAACAAAGAACUUCACAAGGCAAUAAAAUCAGAUGGCAUGAAGGUAAUUGUUGUGAAGAAGGGGCAGCUUAAGCUGUAUGCUGGGCAACCUUUUGCUGAAGUUGAAAUGGCUUUGCGCUCUUUAGUUGUACAAAGCUGAAGUUUUGUUGAAUUUUUGUCCCUCGGUCGAGUUCCACCUGCAAUCAGGAUAGUUGUUGAUUUUAGGGUUCUUAUCAUUUUUGUUGUUAAAAUGCCCUUGGUCAGAGCUCCCCAAUAUCAAGUGAGGGUUGAUCAGAGUAAACCAAAAGUACAUUUUUCCAUGUGGUUGAGGAUAUACAAUGUGUAUGAUAAAGACGAACCCCAGUUGCAGCAAGGAUAUUGCAAAGGGCAGUUGUGGUUCGUAGAGAUCAUUCCAUAGACGUUUUCGGUUCUUUGCAUUUCGUCUAUGAUCUGAAUAGGACGUAUUUCACAAUCCUAGAAUAGAGCUUUACUUAGAUGAGUAUCAAACUAUCAAUUGUACAUUAUUCUAGUCUUGUAGAGGUGGAGAAACUAUCUUCUGGGUGAAUUUG